AUGCACCAGUCCCCAACGCCCCAUGCUGCUGCUGCUGCUGCUCCGCCCGCACACACUCUACUUCAUAUCCAAAUUUCAGGGUGGUGGAAGGACGGCCGGUCCACCUUCGAUGGUCCCCGAGCCGAGUCAACACCGCCUUCCUCCCUUCACCCUGACAAUCCCUCUCCGACCAGCCCUCCUGGCUAUACUGCCCCGGACACUCCACCCAAUAUGGGUGCCGGCAACCAACCAGUUUAUAAUUACACUCUCUCAAAUCUCCAGGCAAUCGCCAUCUUCUCUCCUCAACUUACAUUCAAAAUCCAACGUCAAAACCACAAAAACAAAAAAACAAAAAAACCCCAAUAUUUCAAAGUCCCCUACCCCCAUCUGCAUAGCUUGAGACUGCAGCCUACCGAAACCAAGAGCUUAACCAAACCACAAUUUUUUUUGCUACUUAUUCCUCUGCAGGGUGAGCAAAGCUCGCUUGAGUGA